AGCGACGGGAUGCCGACCGCCUAGUUCGAUCUGGUAUGGAGCGACGAGAAACCGCCAGGCUAGUCCGAAGCGAGCGAUCUGCUGAUCGAUGGGAUGCUAAUCGUCUUGUCAGACCUGUCUUGGCUUCGGAGUCAUACGUAAAGUAUAAGACUGAAAAUUUUGAAAUUGAUCGUUUAGUCGAAUUUUUCCUAGACACGAAAAACGGGAGGGUUGAAAUGAAGGCCUUUGGUUUUGUUGAUGAAGAGGCUACUAUUGUUCCUAUGUUUAGUGAUGCAGCAGGGACUCUUAAUUCAACGGAAAAUGUAAUAAGUGGUGAGAGAGAAGUGAAAAUAGAUUCACAACGUGAGAGUUUAUUACUGAAGAAAAAUGAUGCUUUCAAUUUCUCCAUGUUAAAUACUGAUACAUUGUUUUCACAAGUGCAGGUGGCCCAUGGCUAUAUAUCUGAGAUUCUAUUAACAGUUCUGGGUCUUAGAAUACUGGAAAGUUUUGCACCUUGGUCUCUUCAGGGACACAAUGAAAAUGACUUUCUGGAGCAGAAGUCUUCUGGAUGCCCAGAAGUUCAACUCUCUGGCUUGGAAGAGAAACAACACAAACGAUCUGAUGGAGAUUUUCUGACAGCUGCCGUCACUGGGAGUGCUGCUGCAGUGGCUCUCCUCAUCUCUGAUCAUGUCAAGCAGAGAUAAAUCUCAACAUGAUAGCAUGUGGCUAGUCUGUGCUUGUGUCCCCACUGUGUAUCAGCUAACUAUUUGGUACCUGCUUAAGCUCACACUGGUCUGUGAGCUCUGAUUAAGUAGCAGAUGUAUUUUUAUAUCCUACACAUUUAGUUUCAUACAUGUAAAUAGUAGAUUCAUUUGAUAUAAUGUGUAGAUAAACCUAUAGGACAAAAAGAAUUCAGAGUAUCAGACAAAAAUUGUUUGUCAUUAUAUUAUUUAUAAGAAAUGAAUGCAUUGUCCUUAUCUAUUAGAAUUUAAAUUAGAAAAGAAAUAGGAGUGCACAAAGUACUUGUCACUGUUCUGUGAUAAUUAAUGUAGUUGACCUCCUGUACAUUCAAAUUUCUGUACACAAGCACUUGUAGUGAACUAAUGAAGCACAUUGAAAACCAAUAAUUU